AUGGGUUCUUUUGGAGUCAGCGACAUCCAGGCACUGGCAGAUCUGUUCUGUCCAGACACCGCAAAGCAAGGUCACCUCAGGGGGCCCCAAACCCUAAACCCUAAACCCUCGCCGCCAACAGAGAAGUACAAAAGCAAAGCAAAACCCAAUGUUAAAGUGAAGGCUAAGGUAGGCCAAAAAGAGGAGUUUGAUAUUUGGAAAGAAAAAGACCUCGUUCAAGGGGCCACUUUCAAGCAGCUGAGAGACAAUAGGACGGAACCCAGAUAUGAAGUUUUAUUCUCUCAAAAAGUUGGCGCGGAAGAUGUCUAUCUGGGGCUGAGCGACAAAGACCCUACAACAGACCAUUGUGAAACCCUGCUGGUUAAAACGCUGGAAGACCGCCUGGUGGUGGAUUCUCCUCAACACCAUUUAAACCUCCCUUUGCCAGCCGAGGGUUUAGGGUUUGUGCUGUGUGUGUCAUCUCCUCAGCUGCCAAUUAAACGCAAAAUAGAAUAUGUCCAGAUGUAA